AUGGCAAAUCAUAUGUGGGCGACAGGCCCAAAGCGAGUUACCCCCUUCAAGGAGGAUUCUGACAAUGCAAACAAUACUCAACAGAAGCACAAGAUAACUGUUGCGAUUAGGUUUCAGCCCUGGGAUUUUGAAAGUCCAAUGAUAUUAAAAUUCUCCGUUUUAAACAUUACACUAGCUACCAAAGAUCAAACUGCUCAAAACGGGAGAAUCUACACGGGGGUCCAUACAAAUGAGCUCUUGGGGAUCUUCGUCGAGCUGGAUGGAACGGCGAAAUGUUAUGCCGGCCUCUGGCUUCGCCAGAACCACAUAACUAACUAUUAA